AUGGCUACGAACCUCAAAUUCUUCUUAUCCACUAAACCACCACCACCGUACGCCGGAACCACUAUUUACCACCACAAACACAACCAACUUCAUCUUCCAAUUCCACUUUCUAACCGAACAUUCUACACUCCACACUCAUUUAUCUCUUCCAACAAUAAAUUUUUCCGGCGGAGGUAUCGAGUGUAUAGUAAAGCCGUUGACGUUGUUUCUGAUUCCGACGCAACUGCUCUUGCCGGCCGAGACCGUUUAUUGAAGGUACCUAUAGAAAAGAUUAGGAAUUUCUCUAUCAUUGCACAUAUUGAUCAUGGAAAAUCAACAUUAGCAGAUAAGUUGCUGCAAGUGACCGGUACGGUGCAAACACGUGAAAUGAAGGAGCAGUUUCUGGAUAAUAUGGAUCUUGAGAGGGAAAGGGGCAUCACUAUCAAAUUACAGGCGGCUAGAAUGCGGUUUGCGUAUGAAGGCGAACCUUAUUGCCUUAAUCUUAUAGAUACUCCAGGUCAUGUUGAUUUCUCCUAUGAGGUUUCUCGAUCUCUUGCUGCAUGUGAGGGUGCUCUCCUUGUAGUAGAUGCCUCACAGGGAGUGGAAGCUCAGACACUGGCUAAUGUUUAUUUGGCCUUGGAAAACAACCUUGAAGUGAUUCCUGUGUUAAAUAAGAUUGAUCUUCCAGGUGCUGAACCAAGUCGUGUUGUUCAGGAGAUUGAAGAGAUUAUCGGUUUGGAUUGCAGCAAUGCUAUUUACUGCUCAGCAAAGGAAGGAAUUGGUAUCAAUGAAAUACUGAAUGCAAUUGUUCAAAGGAUUCCCCCACCACCUGAUUCUGCUGGAAGACCUUUAAGAGCGCUUAUAUUUGAUAGUUACUAUGAUGCAUACAGAGGUGUUAUUGUUUAUUUUCGUGUCAUUGAUGGAACUGUAAAGAAAGGUGAUAGGAUUCUUUUUAUGGCUAGUGGGAAGGAUUAUUAUGCUGAUGAAGUUGGUGUUUUAUCUCCUAAUCAGUUGCAAGUCGAUGAACUGUAUGCUGGUGAGGUGGGAUACAUUUCAGCUUCAAUAAGGUCAGUAGCAGAUGCUAGGGUGGGUGAUACCAUUACCCACUAUAGUAGAAAAGCAGAGCAGUCGUUGCCUGGUUAUAAAGAGGCCACUCCAAUGGUGUUCUGUGGCUUGUUUCCAAUUGAUUCUGACCAAUUUCCAGAUUUACGUGAUGCACUGGAGAAACUACAGCUAAAUGAUGCUGCAUUAAAGUUUGAGCCAGAGACAUCAAGUGCCAUGGGAUUUGGCUUUAGAUGUGGGUUUCUGGGUCUUCUUCAUAUGGAGAUUGUUCAGGAAAGACUUGAACGGGAAUACAAUCUGACCCUAAUAACUACUGCACCAAGUGUUGUAUAUCGAGUACACUGCGUCAAUGGUGAAAUUGUUGAAUGCUCGAACCCAUCAGCACUUCCUGAACAAGGCAAGAGGAAGUCAAUUGAAGAGCCGAUUGUGAAGAUUGAGAUGCUCACCCCAAAGGACUAUAUUGGCUCACUUAUGGAACUUUCUCAAGAUCGACGGGGAGAUUUUAAGGAAAUGAAGUUUAUUAACGAAACUAGAGCUUCACUCAUCUAUGAGAUGCCACUGGCAGAGAUGGUAGGGGAUUUUUUUGAUCAGCUAAAAUCAAGGAGCAAGGGCUAUGCUAGUAUGGAGUAUUCUUUUAUUGGGUAUAAAGAAAGUGAUUUGAUAAAGCUUGAUGUGUUGAUAAAUGGUGAUGGUGUGGAGCCUUUGUCUACAAUUGUCCACAAAGAUAAGGCAUAUUCCGUUGGAAGGGCUUUGACUCAGAAGCUUAAGGAACUUAUACCUAGGCAAAUGUUUAAAGUACCCAUCCAGGCAUGUAUAGGUACCAAGGUGAUUGCUAGUGAAAGUUUGUCAGCAAUUAGGAAGGAUGUCCUGGCUAAAUGCUAUGGUGGUGACAUCUCAAGGAAGAAAAAAUUGCUAAAGAAACAGGCUGCCGGAAAGAAAAGAAUGAAAGCAAUUGGAAAAGUCGAUGUGCCUCAAGAAGCAUUCAUGGCUGUAUUGAAACUUGAAAAAGAGGUGCUGUAGUUAAAUACAUGUACAUUGUGUAUCUAAAUCACUACCAAGGUAGAAAGCGAAUUUUACGUCAAUUAACUGCCUUGGUGUUUUCAUCAAGGAUUUAGUGAUCAGAAAAUUGAAGUAUAUUUUUAGGGUAAAUACUACCGAUGCUUCUAAAUGGGAAGGAAUAUCAAAUUCCUAUUUGUAUCUACUCGUUUUCCUGUAUGGAAGCCAAAUUUUUGAGUCA